UCCUGUUCACACUCGUCACAGCCCCGGCUGCCGCCGGCUCUGCCUCUCACGCCGCCCGAGUUCGCAGAGCGGCGGGGCGGGGCGGCGAUGGCGGCCGCGCUGCUGCUGGCCGCUGUCGUUGCGGUCGCCGUCAUCGCGUGGGUUUUGCGUCCUCCGAGCGAUCCGCGCCGCCCCCCCUGCAUCGGGAGCCGCGUGCCCUGCCUGGGGGCCGCGCUGCGCCUCGCCGCAGCGCCGCUGGACUUCAUCGAGCGAACCCGGGCCGAGCAUGGGCCCGUCUUCACUGUGUGCGCCCUGGGGAAGCGGUUCACGUUUGUGACUGAGGAUGAAGGAGCUGAAGUGUUUUUCACUUCGAAGGACCUCAAUUUUGAGCAGGCAGUACAGCGAGUUGUUGAGAAUGCAGUCUCUGUUCCCGCAGAAGCCUUCUAUCAGAAUCAUGGCAGGCUGUACAGCAUGAUGAAGGGGAAAAUGGGUCCCUCCAACGUGCACCUGUUCACAGGCACGCUGUGUAAGGAGCUGCACGAGCACAUGGCGCACCUGGGCAAUGCUGGCACGGGCGACCUCAUGGAGCUGGUGAGGCACGUCAUGUAUCCAGCAGUGGUGAACACUUUGUUUGGGAAAGGCGUCUGCCCGACCAGCCAGAGCCAACUCAGGGAGUUUGAAGAACAUUUUUGGAAGUACGAUGAGGACUUUGAAUAUGCUUCUCAGAUGCCAGAGUGCUUCCUGAGGAACUGGUCUAAAUCCAAAAAAUGGCUUCUAAAAUUAUUUGAGAAAGUAGUGUCAGAUGCUGAAAGAACCAACCCUUCAGAGACCACAUCCAAGACACUACUUCAGCACCUCCUGGAUAACCUGCAAGGAAAACAUCUGGCUCCCAACUACGGUCUCCUGAUGCUCUGGGCCUCCCAAGCAAAUGCUGUCCCUAUUGCAUUCUGGACCCUUGUUUUCAUACUCUCUUAUCCUACGGUUUACAAGAAAGUCAUGGAAGACCUGGCUUCUGUUUUUGGCAGUGCAGGUAAGGAUGACAUAGAAGUCUCUGAAGAGGACCUGAAGAACCUCCCUUAUGUUAGGUGGUGCACUUUGGAAGCCAUACGGCUGAGGUCUCCAGGUGCAAUCACCAAGAAAGUAAUAAAACCAAUAAGAAUUCAGAGUUUCACCAUCCCUGCAGGUGAUAUGCUGAUGUUGUCUCCAUAUUGGCUGCACAGGAAUCCAAAAUAUUUUCCCGACCCAGAAAUGUUCAAACCUUUUCUUCCCACAGGAUCGUUGGAAAGAGGCAAAUUUAGAGAAGAAUGCUUUCUUGGACGGCUUUGUGGCAUUUGGAGGAGGGAAGCAUCAGUGUCCAGGAAGAUCCUGCCUCUGUUCCUUCCUCCAGCAAUGCCAGCCUCAGUGCUUCCUGCAUUCCUUCUGCUGUUUUCUCUGUGGUCCCUCUUCCUGGAAUGAGUCCCAAGGAACCAGCUGCUCCACGUUUCUGUGUUAAAACAUCCCUGUGCUCAUUUCUCUGCCUUCAAAACCCAAUCUUCUCUAGGCAGCAAAUAAACAAGAAUCCUCAAGAGAAGUCAGUUGAACUCAAGAGUCCUAUGUGGAGGAAACCAGAGGAUGUUGUAAGGGAAGCGUGUUCUUGAGUCUGCACCCUGUAUCAGGCUGGGCAUGAGCAUCAGGUAGACUUUGUGAAGGCAUUGCACACGUAAGCAAUGUGAGUAAAGCUGUUCAGGCUUGGCAGAGGAAAGUGCCCACUCACUGCUGUACCUCCCCAGCUUGUACAAUGUUCCUGAGCUGAAUGUGAGCACAGCCUCACUGGCAGCAAAGGCAACAGCCAUGUUCACAGCAGGCACCCACAGGGCACAGCGUGCUGCCCUGCUUCUUUAUAACACGGGCCUUUGUCUUUGAUCUGGCUGUUCUCUGGGCUCUGACAGUAUCUCUAAAGUAAGUUUGGGGUGAAAAUGAAAAUGACAGUGUCACUGUAUAGGCAAUGGGUGGAGAAUCACUUCUGACAGAUGCUGUCCUUGCAGCCACACGGUGACACCUCUGCACCUUUUAGUAGUAAUUCUGAGAGAGUAAUGUGGUGGCCCUGGAAGAAAGAACAUUGAAUCAAGGAUGUGUCUGGAUCCCAGGUUGCAGAUUUCCAUGGCAUAACUGAAUCAAAUAAUGAUAUUUCAAGUUUAAGAUGAGUUUUCAUUUAAUUCACUGCUGGCAUUUGUAAAUAAGUGCACCAAACAUUUAGCUUUACUCCUCGCAUUGCAAAAGCUCAUCAUGAAAUUCAAAGCUAGUGCAAUCAAACUGAAAGCUAGAAAAUGACUUGUUAAAUAUCCUAGCAAAGUGGUGUGGGAAGAGCUCCCAGAAAACCAUUUCUGAACCUAAGGGAAAAGGUUUGAUGUCCCUAAACCUGCAGUGGGACUUCUGUCUGACCAGGAGAGCUCUGCGGGUGCAGCUGUGCUUAUCUCACAUGCAUGUGUCUGUUGUCUCUGAUCUUCUGCUGACUUAUAAACCCUUCAGCACAAGAGGUGCCAUUUCAUUCUCAGGCUCUGUUUGCUGCAGGAUCUCAAUGCCUGGGUGCCAGCACCAACAGGUAUGUAGCGGUGUGCUGGGGACAAGAUUCCAGAAGGUGCAUCUUUGUCAAACCUCCUUGGCACUAAAUAGAACAGGACUCAGAGCUUUUAGGGGAAAGCUGCUCGAGCACCCAAGAAUGGGAAAGACAAAUGGGAACUAAAGGGCAUUCUGCUGCAGGAGAGCUCAUGGAUUCUGACUGGGAUGUGGCCAGGAGGAGAGGGGACCUCAGCCGUCUGUUAGCAUCCUUGUGCCUCAGCAUCUGUGCAGACAGGAGGAAUGGCAGCCUGUCUGCAGCAGCACUGUGCAGUCUCAUGGUGGGAUGCAGAGGCAGGACUUCAGGCACAGCAGCACCAAGCAAGGACUGCAAGGAAGCCGCCUUGGUACAGUGCUGCUGGCAUGGAGUUUGGGCUAGGAAGUCCUGCCUGACCUGAGCUCAUUCCCAUUCAAGUAUCUCUGCUCUGCAUUCCUCUGAGCUCAAGGUCACCAAAAGCACCCAAUCUCAAGGUACUGCAAUGUGAAACCACAGGGAUAAUUUGGUUCUCAAGCUGUGUCAAAGCAAGCAGGCAUCUUCUCACUGCAGAGCGCUGGGCAGUGCAGUGUGCACAUCUGAAUGGUUCUGCAGGAGCUGCCUUGGGUCCCAUGGGGCUUAUUAGCUUCCUCCUCACACCUACCAGGCCAAAGCCAGGCUGACACUGUGUGCAGUCAUGCUCUCUUCUCCCCAGUGAGUUUCCCAAUAGGUGUUUUAUUCAGCAGUUCUCACAUGUUGGAAAAUAAACUGUGUAGAAGAGCAAGGUAAUAUUCCUAUUUUAAGCAGCUCUUUAAGACGUAUGUCUAACUCCUGCAGUGAGUAAUGCCAUGAGCUGGCAUAGGUAGAGCUGGUGGCUGAAUGGAGGAUGUUCUUGUACACAGCAGCAUUUAAAAAUAACAGCUGGGCAGAGUUCACCUGCAGUUACUGCUGCAGUGUGGCUGGCUGAGAGCUUUGUGAGCGUGCUGCAGACACACAUCGUGCCCUUGGCUUUAUCCUGCAUUUGAACACUGACGCACUGAGCACCAACUCCUGCUGUCACAUCUACUCUGAUGUCACCGGGCUCCCAGCUGUAUGGCACGACUUUAUAUAGCACAAUUAGUCAUAGAGCCUCUUCUAUAUUUGACUGUCUGCUCAGUCCUAGGGAGUUAUUUCAAAUCAGUAAGUCUUAGAAGAACAUCAGUGUUUACACAGUGGAAAAAGCCCCUGAUGGCAAGGAGUUGUUGUGAAAUGGGCUGUCGGAGGCUACGGCUGCUCUGAAGUGUCCCCAGGCAGAAGGGACGGCCACCAUGUUUGCAUUCUUCACUGCACAGCAUUUUUUUCUGCUGAAGAUAAAUGCACACUGAGGCAUGGAAUGCAAGCUGUGCAAGAGGCAGCAUGCUGCUUGUCUGAUAACACAUGUGAGCUGCAGGAUGGACACCCAGUGCUCUUCUCCC